CACCUGUGGGGGGAUGUGAUUGGCUGGCUAUAGAUUUCCAUAAUCAACAGCUGUUCAGGAGGAGUCCAAGCAUAAAUACUCUGACUCACCUGAACAAGAACAAAUAAAAGCCACUAGUUCUUCUCCGGACAAAACCACACUCAGGUGCUGCAUUUAGACACAAUCCUUCAGUACACAUACAGUUCAGCGAGCACCAUGACCUCCAGCUUCUCUGUGCACAGCCACUCUCUGGGAUGGCAGCCGUCCUUCUCCAGCAUGUCUAUGCGUGACACUGGGUUUUGGGGACGCUCUAAAGUCCCAGUGUCCCUUUCCUCAGGCAGUACUCUGUCCCUGUCUCGUUCCACCUCUCUGGGAAAUGGCUUAAACAUCCUAAGCAACCAUUCGCUGAAUGGUCUAGGAGCUGGUGCCAGUGAGAAGGAGACCAUGCAAGGUCUAAACGACCGGCUCGCCAGCUAUCUGGAAAAGGUGCGUUCUCUGGAGAAGUCCAACGCUGACCUGGAGCUGAAGAUUAAAGAGUUGAUAAAGGAGCGAGCACCCAAGGGUCACGACAUCGAAGGAUUGCUGGCUCAAGCGCAUGCCAUUGGACAAGAGGUGAGGAAAAAGACUUUGGAGAAUGCUCGUAUAAUGCUGGAGAUUGACAAUGCCAAGCUUGCAGCAGAUGACUUUAGGGUCAAAUGGGAGGCAGAAGCUACUCUUUGCCAGUCAGUUGAGAGAGACUGUCAUGCUCUGAGACGAGUAAAAUCUGAUCAUGAUCAGAUCAUCGCAACCCUUCGAGGAGACCUGGACAGUCUGAAAGAGGAGCUCUAUUUCCUCAAGAAGAACCAUGAUGAGGAGAAGAACACAUUGAAGGCCCGUCUAGCCAACGAGCAAGUGAACGUGGAAGUGGACGCAGCCCAGGGCCCAGACCUCGGAGCCAUCAUGGCAGAGCUAAGGGUGCAGUACGAGAGCAUCGCACGCAAGAAUAAAGAGGAUGCUGAGAUGUGGUAUCUGAAGAAGCUGGAGACCGUGCAGUCGGAGGUGAAGGAGAGUAACGAGGCUCUGCGAUGUGCUCAGGGUGAACUCAAUGAAAGACGCCGCUUCCUGCAGGCGUUAGAGGUGGAACUGGACAGUCUCCGCAAACAGGUUGGUGUUCUGGAGGGGAACCUUGGAGAGACGAAUCAGAAGUACGCUUAUGAGAUCGAGCAUCUUCAGGGCUCGCUCACACAGAUGGAGGAUGAACUCUCACAGCUGCGCCUGGACAUGCAACGGAUCAAAACUGAUUACGAGCAGUUACUUCGUAUCAAACAGAAUCUGGAGCUGGAGAUCGCCACCUACCGGAGGUUGCUGGAUGGAGAGGAAGUGAUAAAAGAGACACCCUCUCCUAAAAGUAAAACCUGAAGUGAGAACCAGGAAGAUUGUGAAGGUGGUUACCCAGACCAUGGUAAAUGGAAAGGUGGUGGAUGAAUCCAGUGAAGUUGAACAGAUUGAAGAACGAAAAAAGUGAGCCUGACUCACAAGUGACACCUAUAUUCUUGUGCUUUAUCAGUUGGUACACUUAUCACAAGAUUAUUCUCAGUGAUCUGUUCAUCAUUUCGCCAAAAAUUGAAUAAACUUGUCAGAUAUUGCAAAGUA